AUGAAACAAAUCAGCGUGCUCACAGCCGAACUAGCCAUCAUUCAAUCUGAACUUGGCCUUGCUGAUACUGACUUCCCUCAUUUCCUCAAGGAAGAACAUGGUUACCUUGAAGGUUUGAAGCAGCCACCUGAAAAAGAUCGCCUCUCUAUUUGGUAUGUUGAGGUGCUUGAUGAGCUUGCUGAAUGGAGGGCUGAUUGGGACUUAGUGCGCCAAGCUGCUAAUAAUUCUCUUACCGCUGUGAAAAUCACAACAUGGCUAGGCACUUGUAAAGUACUUAGCCAGUAUAUGUGGUCUUGGCUCUGCCUAGCUGCUUCACUUGCAAGCAAGAGUGUUCGACCCUAA